GAGCGCGCUCCGCCUCAGCCUGGCUGGCGGUUUAAAGAUGGCGGCGGCGGCGCUCGUGCCCCGCGUUCCCUGACGGACGGACGGACGGACUGACGGGCGGGCGGGCGGCCGGAGGGAACGACGGACUGACGGGCGGGCUGACGAACGGAAGGAGCGAGGCCGCGGCGUCAGCGGGAGCGGAGCGGCUUACGCUCAGGUUGAAAGAAGAAAGGAACUUAAGGACUGAAGACCGGCUACCUCCACCUAAGUCUUCAGCUGUUUAAGCUGAAUGCAUUGUGAUUUCCAAUAAUUGAGACAGUGAUUCUAAAAGCUGUCUACAUUAAUGAAAAGAACAAUGUAGUCAGCUUAGCUAAGUCAUCAGUGUUGCCAUUGACUCACUUGAUGGAUUUUUGCAUGUUAGGAGAAUAGAUUGGUAUAACUUAAGUUUUUGUUCUUUUAAAGUGGUCAUUUUAAGAGUAUUUAAGAUAUGGAGACAUUGGAAAGCAUAGCUCCUCUCCAACAAGAGUUGACAAGAGAAUUGAUUGUGGAGAACCACCUUUAUCUCCCGCCACUGCCUCCUAGCGAAGAGCCUCCACCACCUCCCCUGCAAACGUCCAGUGACGCAGACGUAAUGGACGUUGGCUCUGGUGGUGCUGGACAGUCAGAUACCCCCGCUGGGGACAUGUACACCCACUUCGGACCCCAGCUUCUCACCAAAGGAUCUGCUCCCUACAAAAGCCGCCUCUGCAUAGACCCAGACAACUGCGACUUAAGCCCAAGAACAGCUCGUCAUGCCCCUUUAGUUCGAAAAUUCAUCCCUGAUCUUAGGUUGCUUAAGGAUGUCAAGAUUAGCGUAAGCUUUACAGAAAGCUGCAAAAGCAAAGACAGAAAGGUUCUCUAUACUGGAGCUGAGCCAGAUGAUAAGGCCGAGGCAGCUUUUAGUAUAAAUGAUGUCAAAGGAGAUUUUCAUGUGUGUCCUUUUGAUGGUAGUCAUGGGAACAUAGUAGGAGUAGUGGGUGAAAGUGUAGACAAGAGGGAUGAGGAAAAUGAGAUUGAUCAGGAAAAGAGAGUGGAGUAUGCAGUGCUGGAUGAGUUAGAAGAUUUUACUGACAAUAUGGAAAUAGAGGAAGAAACAGGAGGGUUCACAGCUAAAGCAAUUUCUCAACGAGAUAAAGUGGAUGAAGACACCUUGAAUUUCUCCUAUGAGGAUGAUUUUGACAAUGAUGUGGAUGCGCUCCUAGAAGAGGGUCUUUGUGCCCCCAAAAAGAGGAAAAUCGAAGAGAAAUAUGGAGGGGAGAGCGAUCACCUGUCUGAUGGAGAAACGACUGUGCAGCCAAUGAUGACCAAAAUAAAGACUGUCCUUAAAAGCCGUGGCCGCCCGCCUACAGAACCGUUACCUGAUGGAUGGAUCAUGACAUUCCAUAACUCUGGAAUUCCUGUCUAUCUGCAUAGAGAAUCUAGAGUUGUUACCUGGUCCAGACCAUACUUCUUAGGAACAGGAAGCAUAAGGAAACAUGAUCCUCCCCUGAGCAGCAUUCCUUGUCUACAUUAUAAGAAAAUGAAGGACAAUGAGGAGAGAGAACUCAGCAAUGACAUCACCCCCAUUGGGGAUGCCUCCCCAAUGAAGUCCAUGGAGAAGGCUUCUGAGCUGGACAGCCAGACUGAGGAGCCAGACUCCACAGCAGUGGACUCUGGGUCCCUCGAUGAGAAAGAACCUCUAGGGGGAGACACAGCCCAAGGAGCAUUAGGCCAAGUUAAGGCCAAAGUGGAAGUGUGUAAAGAUGAAUCUGUUGAUCUUGAGGACUUUCGAAACUAUCUGGAAAAACGUUUUGAUUUUGAGCAAGUUACUGUGAAAAAGUUCAGGACUUGGGCAGAAAGACGCCAGUUCAACCGUGAAAUGAAGCGUAAGCAGGCAGAAUCCGAGAGGCCCAUCUUGCCCGCCAACCAGAAACUCAUUACUUUGUCUGUGCAUGAUGCGCCUACAAAGAAAGAAUUUGUUAUUAAUCCCAAUGGGAAGUCAGAGGUCUGCAUACUGCACGAGUACAUGCAGCGAGUCCUCAAGGUUCGCCCUGUUUACACUUUCUUUGAAUGUGAGAACCCAAGUGAGCCUUUUGGAGCCUCAGUGACUAUUGAUGGAGUGACCUAUGGGGCUGGAACUGCAAGCAGCAAAAAGCUUGCAAAGAACAAAGCUGCCCGAGCCACACUGGAAAUCCUCAUCCCUGACUUUGUUAAGCAGACCUCCGAUGAGAAACCCAAAGACAGUGAAGAACUGGAGUAUUUCAACCAUAUCAGUAUUGAAGAUUCACGGGUGUAUGAACUGACCAGUAAGGCGGGACUUUUGUCGCCAUAUCAGAUUCUCCAUGAGUGCCUUAAAAGAAACCACGGAAUGGGCGACACAACCAUCAAGUUUGAAGUGAUCCCUGGGAAAAACCAGAAGAGUGAAUAUGUGAUGACAUGUGGGAAGCACACUGUCCGGGGCUGGUGUAAAAACAAGAGAGUCGGGAAACAAUUAGCCUCUCAGAAAAUCCUUCAACUUCUGCACCCACAUGUCAAAAAUUGGGGCUCUUUAUUGCGCAUGUAUGGCCGGGAGAGCAACAAGAUGGUGAAACAGGAAAUGUCAGAUAAAAGUGUGAUCGAACUUCAGCAGUACGCCAAAAAGAACAAGCCAAAUCUACACAUUCUGAACAAACUGCAGGAAGAGAUGAAAAAGCUGGCUCAGGAAAGGGAGGAAACCCGGAAGAAGCCCAAGAUGACCAUAGUUGAGUCAGCUCAGCCCGGCAGUGAGCCUCUGUGUACGGUUGAUGUGUAACCAGCAGCCCAGGUGGGGAGCGGUGAGACAAGCGGCCUGCGGCCCCUGGGUGCCAUGCGCAGCAGGCUGCUCUUCAGAGAUGCAUCCUUCUGUUUCUGCCCCAUCGGGCCCCUGUCAUUCACCCCCAACUUGUUACCUCUUAGGAGUCAUGUUUAAAUGAUUGAUCAAAAAGGAAAAAAAAAGGGGCUCUUUGGUGGGGGGGCCAUCAAGCAGAGAUGCUAACAAACCACCCUUCACUACAGACCUUGUAAAAGCAAGCACUUUGUCCUUGACAGUCAUCCAUGGUGUCUGCAUUGGAUGGGUGUUUCCAGAUCAGAUUCAGAGUAUGUACAGUUUGGAGCAGAUAUGUUAGAGAUAUAUGAAGAGAUACAGGCUUCUGUGUAUGUGCCUCAAACUAUUUUUAUGGAAGGUUUUGUUGCAUUUUAGCUUGUAACAGUAUGCACUAGGAGAGACCGUUUGGUGCCAGAGAAAAGGACUAAUAAUAAGCAAGGAGCCUUGUUCCGAAUCGAGGCUCGAGCCCAUUGGAGAGCCUCUCCUUGCUGGAGGCCAGACCUGGGCAGCAGGACAAGCUUGGGUCUUUAAAUCCCAAACCAAAAUGACUCACAGUAGGAGUGAGUGACAGGUUUGAUUCUUCCCCACCCCUCACCUUGACCCUUUUUUAAAAAAACAGUUGGAGAAGAGCUGUGAUGACUAAUUAAUUGUAGCAGUGAAACUCUUGGGCCUUUUGGGCAUGAAAGCCACAUUUUGGAUCUUGGAGGAUAAACAUUAACUGAUGACAAUGAUUAUUCUUUUAACUGAACUCCUCUGCCAGUGCAUAACAGUUACAAACUGAAGCCGGGAUUGGCAGAUUUUAAUGGGUUUGCUGCCUUGAGUGCAUUUUUAUUUGUUUUUCUACCCAAGUCUUAAAACCCUUAAAAAAAGACUUUUUUAAAAUACCAAGACUCCCCCUUCUCUCCCUCUUUUCCUUCUGGGCACCCAGCAGAAGUUUUUAGGGAAUUGGUUUUUCCCAGUGUGUGGCUGGCAGUGAAGCUGUGCUGUAACACUUUGGUGAGAUUUUUGUAGCAUUCUUGAAAAGCAGCUUUGGCCUUGAUGUGUGGCAUGUGUUAAUGACGAUGAAUUAAGCUAUUCAGGGGUGAGAGGAAGUCCAGUCUACUUUGACAUCCAGCAAAGGGCUGGUUUGCAUCUUAGGGAGUGGUGGUGGGGCUUGGUGGCCUGCCUCCUGUGCCUGCCUUCAGGGCUCCAUUGGUUUCUUUGUUGAACAGUGGAGGUGUUACACCUUCAGUAGCCCCAAAGUCCUUUGUCAUGGUGCUUGUCUGAGCAGGGCCCCCUCUUGCCAAGAGCUGGGGGCAGACAAAGGCACAGCCUGUCUUCUCCUGGGAAAGGUUGGCCUGCUCUGGUUUCCAGACUCCCCGCCCUGCAGACACACAGUGCCAGGCUGUGCAGGGUCCUCAUUUGGAGAGGCUCGGAGUGUCCUCCAUCUCCGCUAGUGGACAGGCUGUGGGCCACUGAGUCCCAUCAGGUCUUAGAAGAAAACAAACACGCUUAUUCAGUUCAAGUGUCAUUACGAUCAGUGGAAUUUUUAAGACUCACAAUCUGUUUUUCACUGUAGAAAAGGAGAAAGGAAGAUUAGAUUUCUCAGCCCUUCUCUAAAAUGGCCUCUCUUAAUAGAGCUUUAAUGCAGGAGGUGGCCACAGUCUUAGGGAGAGACUUGGUGAUGUAUCGAGCAGCCAUCAUUCUUGGCAAAGGGCUUUGCUGUCUUCUGGGAAAGGCAGACCUGACCUUUACCUUUAGGCAGCACUGUCCACCCCACCAUCCCCAAGACCACCCCAGCCCACCUGGGCCAAACACCCCAGUAGAUUUGCUUCUCCCCAUAUGCUGCCAGGGCCCAGAGCAGACGCAGACCCUGCCCCAGAGGUCUCACUCACACAGACCUGAUGUUGUUGCCUUGGAAACAGGUUGAAAACCACAGGCACCACCUUGUUGCUCUAGCUGGCAUGUUGCUUUAGUCUUCCCUCAGCCCCUAGCUCUGAAUCAUGUGAGGGUGACUUUUGCCCUUAGCAAGUACAGGCAGAGACUCAUGACCCAAAGCUCCAUUCAUAUUUGGCGUGGCCACACACUCAGCCUCAGACUGCUGGACUCCACUCUGCAGACUGGGUGUCAGCUCUCAUGCUUCGGGUUGACUUAGGGGUUAGUCUCACCUUUAGACAGUGCUAGGCUAAAGGCUUGUAGCAAGUCAGUCAGUUGGUCAUUGAGUGAACAUCUCCAUUUGCAUGAUAAGAUGCAUAAGCUUGGCCAUGAGCAUCCAUGAAGUGGACAUGUGUGCCAGGUGUGCCAGGAAUCAGCUGUGGACUCGCUGCCUCAAGCAAAACUGUCCAGAGGAAGCUGCCGCCCCUGCUUGUCCUUGCUCUUGGUUGGGUAUGUGUCCUGGGGUGGUGGGCUUCUCAAGGUACUGUGUCAAUAAAGUGGGACCAUCCUCUUU